GUCCCGGUGGUAAGAGUCAUUCAGUGGAGAUCGAGCAACCGCGACGAUCACAUCACACAGAUCUAUCGAUUACGCAGGACCGCGCGAGACUUUCCAACGAGGUGCUCCGCCAAGUCAAGACUUGACGACGACUUGAUAACUCGCGGUGAAUAGUUAACCACGACCAUGGCCAGAACACUCUUGUUUAUUUUGGCUGUCCUAAUCUGCGGCCAGACGAUCUUCGUGCACCCCGCGAUCCUCGACAACCUAUCGUUAAAACGACUCUUGCGACAGUCCCCGCAACGGAAGACAUACUGGGAAACCCGCCGACGACUGAUACUGGAUGAGAAGCGACUGUCUCUAGGCGGCGAACUGGAACUCAGUCCCAUCGAGGCCAGGGCCAAUCAGGUCCUAAUGAGAGCCAAAAGCCGAGAAAUCUACGACGGUUUCAUCACCGGCAAUAGCUUUCUACCGUCGCGUAACUUCAUGGAAGUGAUACCGAAGAUCGAGGAGUCCGAGGUGUUCAAGAUUCUGCGCGAUAUGCCCAAGGGUGCUGUCCUGCACGCUCACGAGUCCGCCAUCGCCUCGCUCGAGUAUCGGCUCAAUCUGACCUAUCGCGAGAACCUAUACGUGUGCGACGAGAACAGCACCCUGCGGCUCAAAUUCUUUAACACGUCCGACAGCGAUUGCAAUUGGCAAUUACUGAGCGACGUGCGGAAAGAUCCGGCCCAGACCGAUGAUAUUAACGAGAGGAUCAUGCGAUCCUUGACGAUGGUCACAGAGAACCCGAAAAGCGUUUACGCCACCGUCGACAAGGCGUGGCAGAAGUUUGACAGCAUCUUCAGGUUUAUGAAGCCCUUAGUAUCGUACCGACCGAACUAUGAGGAUCUCUAUUAUCGUAAUCUCCAGGAGCUCUACGACGACAACGUGAUGUACGCGGAGAUACGGUCGACGCUAUCGUCGUUGUACGAUCUUCACGGCAACGCGUACGGACCGAUGGAAAUGGUACAACUCCACAAGGACAUCACCGACAGGUUUAUGAAGGAUCAUCCCGACUUCAUCGGUGCAAAGAUGAUAUACGCGCCGCCGCGUGGCGUCGACCAGGCACGAGUAGACUACUAUCUGAAAACGUUGGUGCAGAUAAAAAAAUUCUAUCCGGAUUUCGUGGCUGGUUUCGACUUGGUCGGCCAGGAGGACAAAGGAAAACCUCUCAUUGAAUUUGCCGACAAAUUGAAUGCCGUUGAUCCGGGAAUUCAAUUCUUCUUCCACGCCGGCGAGACCAACUGGAAUGGAGCAUCCACCGACAUGAAUCUCUUUGACGCUUUCUUACUCAAUACCAAACGCAUCGGCCACGGAUACGCGUUAACGAAGCAUCCGCUCCUAUGGAAGAUCGCGCAGCGAUUAAAUAUCGCGGUGGAGGUCUGUCCUAUCUCGAACCAAGUUCUCAGUCUUGUGGAGGACAUGCGGAAUCACCCUGCGGCCAGUUUAUUCGCAUCGGGAUCGCCCGUGGUGGUCUCCAACGACGAUCCCGGACUUUGGGGCGCCAAAGGGUUGACCUACGACUUUUACGAGGCCUUCAUGGGUAUCAUGAGCGCCAAUUCAGAUCUCAGGAGUCUCAAGCAACUGGCGAUAAAUUCGCUGACCUAUAGCAGCAUGAACAGACGAGAGAAGUGGAAUGCGCUGCAACAAUGGCAGAUCAGGUGGGACAACUUCGUGGCCAAACUAGCCCAAUUAGCCUAACGACGACGGAUCGGCACAUCAGAUGCGAAAAGUGCCUCAUCCCUUUUCGCGUCAUUGAUAUGAGCAAAGAUGAAAAGAAUAUUCCCGACAAAACAACAGAACGGUGCCAUAUAAUUUGAAUAUUCUCAGAAUAUUUGUAAACAGUAUUUUUACAUAUUGUGUUUUCAGUACCACCGUCAACAAUACCACCAAAACUGCGUAUUAAUUAACUUUACGGAACUGUAUUUUAUCUUAAGAUUCUUAUUAGAAUUUUAUAUAUGAAUUACUACUACCUCAUCACAUUCUUUAACGAUGAAUCUGACGAUGCAUCGCAUGGGAAUAUUUAUAAUAUACUUGUACAUACGUCAAAUGGAUUACGCUUAAUGUGAAGAAACCAAUUACUAUAACGUAGAUUUUUCAAAAAUAUACUGCGCCGUAUCUUACGUUUUGUACAAUAAGAUAUAAGAACUGCACAAUAAAGUAAAUGCUAUUUGUUCAUAACAUA